AUGCCUAUAAAAUCACCGUUUGAGUCUUCCAUUGCCAAACAUGGACAAGGCAAUGUUGUCCUCUCACUGCUACCUCCUUCGAAUCCUACCUUGACAACUCUCACCUACAAAUACCCCCUCAAACUCCUCACAAGAACACCCGGCUACGUACCUCAAUCCUCCGCUCUAUCAUGUCCCGCCUCCCGUCCAGUCCACCUCUACCUCCUCACCUAUGGCGGCGGCCUCCUACCAGGUGACCACAUCGAGGUCUCCAUCAAACUCGAACAAUUCACAAGAAUGGUCGUAACAACACCACAAGGAACCACGAAGAUCUACAAAACAGAGCCCAGCAGAAGCGUCAAGGGCCGCCGCGCCCGGGGCGAGUAUUAUCAGACAAGAGCCGGCAAACACUAG